AUGCCAUGGAGUGAAAGACUAUUUAUACUUGAGAUAUUUAGUAAUGUAUGUGCUAAGAUAGGAUACUAUCUAUUAAAAAAUAAGGAUAUGGGUUUAAUAUCCAUAUAUAGAAACACCCAAAUAGGAAAGAAAGAUGCAAUUAAGGGGCUUUCUCUAUUAAUACAUUUUGGAAUCGUUGGAUUUACUAAUUAUACCGGGCGUGGUGUAAGAUACUUUAUAAAAAAGGCUCACUUCUCCAUUAUAAAUUAUCCCGUGUACAUUAAGUACUGUGAAGAUGUAUACGGCCCACAUGGAAGUCAGAUAGCAAUGGAAGUGCUCAUUAGGAAGAAAAUAGGAGUAAGCGCAAUACCAGAAGAACUAAUGGAGACAACAAAAAAAAUGAUUAGAGAUGGAGUUUUGACAGAAGAGUCUGUUAAUGGCGUAAAAAGAGUUAAAGAAGAAAGCGAAAAAUAUUUAAUAUUUUCCAAGAAAUCGGUUGACUCGAAAAUUCUUACCAACUUUUUUUACAACGAUAUUUCUCAGCACUUUACAGAGAAUACAAAAAAAGUAUUUUCUGCAAUAAAAAGCUUCUACCCAGCGCCAUCCCCCCUCAACAGAGUUCUUGAAAGGUGCGCAGAAUUCCAAGUUGUCCCAGAAAGCACCGGCUUAUCUACACCACCAAAUAUUAAUGAAACAGUUCAGAAACACAUAAAGUAUCUUAUAGGCUAUGGAGCAGUAUCUGGUGGAUAUGAAAUGUACCAAGUAAACCACGAGUCAUAUCUAGACAAGAUAAAAAAGAAGGUUCUUCUGGAAUACUGUGAUAUGUAUAUAGGAUCUACUGCGUCCACUGUUCUUUCUAUGCUGUUAAGUAAGGGAUAUAUUGAAGAUAAGUUCAUACAGAAACAUCUUCUGCUUGAGUCACAGGAAUGCAAGAAAACUCUUUUUCUUCUUUUAUCAGAAAGAUUUGUUAGUCUACAGAUGAUACCAAGAACCGCAGACUGCGCUCCGUCCAAAAGCUUUCAUCUAUGGUCUGCAAACAUUCGCAAAGUAUUUGGCAUUCUUGAGCAGAAAGUGCAAAGUAAAUUGAAUGAAAACUACAUAGAACUAUCAACAUUAGAGGAAAACAAGUUAUUUACUGUGCCUGGAGAGUAUAAACAGAAAACAGACCAAAUAUUUGGAGCGCUUGAAAAGCUGCACACUUUCUGUUUUAUACUGUCAUUAUAA